CGGCAGGCACGCAGAAGGGGCCGAGAUGGGCAACGGAUGCAGAGGGAUGGUGUGGAGGAGAGGGAGAGUGGCGAAGGGCAAGGCGUGAGAGCAGAUAGAGAGGGUUUGGAGCGGUACGCAGGUCAGUGGCCCUCCCAGAGGGAUGCUGGUGAUAGGAGAGCAGAUGCCUGCUGA